AUGUGUGAUGCAUCUGACUAUGCAGUAGGAGCAGUGCUUGGCCAAAAGAUAGACAAGAAACUCAAUGUCAUCUACUAUGCAAGCAAGACUAUGGAUGAUGCUCAAUGCAAGUAUGCAACCACAGAGAAGGAGCUCCUUGCCAUAGUCUUUGCCUUUGAGAAAUUUCGAAGCUAUAUAGUUGGGUCCAAGGUGAUUGUGCACACUGACCAUGCUGCCCUUAGGCACAUCUUUGCUAAGAAAGAUACAAAGCCAAGACUUCUCAGAUGGAUCCUUUUGCUUCAAGAGUUUGACAUAGAAGUUGUGGACAAAAAGGGAGUAAAGAAUGGAGUUGCUGAUCAUCUCUCUAGGAUGCGAGUUGAAGACAUGAUCCCCAUCAAUGAUUCUAUGCCUGAAGAACAGCUUAUGGCAAUCAUGAUCUUGAAGGAGAGUUUUGAUGAGAAAGUCAGGCUGGAAGAAGUUAAGGCUCUGCGUGAUGAGAAUUUGCCAUGGUAUGCUGAUAUAGUGAACUUCAUGGUGUCCUGGAGAAGUCCCUAG